AUGACGAACGAGGUGGUCUUCAAACGUUCGGGAUUGAAUCGUGAACGAUCCGCUUACCUGUGAAAGAGACAUCGAUGCAUCCUUGCCUCGUGUACUAAACGCUUCGCGUUAAUGCUCCACUUAACUCUAAAACGGGCGUAAGACACUAUCGCACUGUCUCAAGCACUCUUCAUUCAUACUAGAAAUUCUAUAGUCUACUGUAUACGUGGAUACACCCACAAUGUAUUCUGCAACAGUUUCAAAGGAAACGUAGUUGCUUUCUGUGUAAUACUGUAUUCUGCUAAUUGUAACAUAUUACGCAGUACUUAUCUCGGUACAAUGCAAUUAAGAUAUACGUUUAACGUACAUGUUUACAGCACAGCAUUCAAACAUAUACCUGAAUCCAUCGAAUAUUUUUACAAAUAUCUAAAUACAUAAAAUUCAACUGCAUUGAGACGAUUGGAGAUGAAUUAUUUUUUUUUUUUUUUUGAACAAACUCAUGGACAAGAGAAAAACUUUACUAAUGAAUUUAAAAUUCGAUCGACAUAUUGAUGAGAUUUUGUUAAAACGAAGGAGAUUAUGUAUUAGAAAAUUUGAUUCAUUUAGCUUGCGGAUUCGCAUCUCCUCCGGCAGAAUACAUAUAAGGACAUUGGAGAAUCGCAUCUGCCGUUCGCUAACUAGUCGACAGCUGUGCCGAAUUCGAGUAGUUAUCCAACACUGAAGUGAUUUAAACUGGUUAUUCUCGGACGGGACAGUCUUCUACACGUUUAGUACUCAGAAUGAGGCACAGAUUUGAGUAGUUAUCGAAGUUAGCGACACGAUUCUCUAUAUGUGACGAGUGAGAAGCGAUUCGGAGAAUCCAUGUAACGUGCGGAGGUUUAACCGCAUGUGGCAGGAAUGGGUAUUGUACCUGUCAAAGCUUUAAAAGUAUUAAAUUUUAAUUCUUGUUAGACUUUAGUUAAAUUCAGACACUUGUUAUUCUUCAAAGUUUGAAAACUUUUACUUAUAAUUUUACAACACUAAAUGCUAUUUAUUUCCUCUCUCUGGAAUCUCUCAGAUAAUAGUUUAAAUUAAUAGUAAUAGUUAGUAUUCGUUAAUAGUAAUUAAUAGUAAAAAAAAAAUGAGUUAUUAACAUUGAUUAGGUAAAUGAAUAUGAAUCAAGUUAUAUCGUGUUUGAUCUCGUUUUAAUCAGAGAAAAAUUUCAUCCAUAAUGUCGAUGAAAUUCAAACAGCGAAUACAAAGAAGUCUCUUUCAUUGUAUUGCUGUUGCCAUACCGAUCUGUAAGUUUUUAAUCUCUUUCAACUGCCUCGACCCUCAAUCCUUUUCUUUCUUUCGCUCGGUGAACUCCGUGUCUGUUGCUGUCGGGAAAAUACAAAGAACUUGAAGAAUCGUGCCUACUAUUCGCUAACUACCCUACAACGGACCCGACCCUCGAGCUCGACUCCAUAAAGACUUUGCUGUAUACAUAAUUUACAGUCAAGCAUAGGCACUCGUUUGCACGAGGAUUAGGAUUUUUGGAAGUUUGGAAAAAAAUUUGUCGACGUAAAGAGAUCAUAUGAUGAACAGUAAAUAUCUUAUAAUGACAAUAAAUAUUUUAUAUUACAGGACCAACUGUAACAGCAAAGGCAGUUCUUCAAGGUACAGCAGAAUUACCAUGUGACAUCCGUCCACCACGACAAAAUGACUCUGCAAUUCUAGUUGUUUGGUACAAAAGCGAUAUCACACCUAUUUACAGUUACGACAUGAGAGGGAAACAUUCUGAGAAAGCUUCCCAUUGGAAUGACAAGGACCAUUUGAAUGACCGGGCAUUCUUCAGGAUAGUUACUGAACCAGCAACACUAAACAUCAAUCACAUCGAAGAAAGAGAUGAAGGCGAAUACAGGUGUCGAGUAGAUUUUGCCAAAAGUCCUACUAGAAAUUCCAGAAUUCAUCUGAUAGUCAUAGUACCACCGCACAAACCAAAUAUUAUCGAUGAACAUGGAACAACUGUGACAGCGGUAGCAGGUCCAUACGAAGAAGGUGGUGAUAUGAAAUUGCAGUGUCUUGUUUCUGGAGGUCGACCGGAGCCGAAACUAAGAUGGUGGCGUGGAGAGAUGCUUCUAGAUUCAAAAGACGAAGCAGGAGAAUUUCCAUCUCUUCGUAGAAAUACUUUAAUAGUGAGAGAACUUUCAAGAGCUGAUCUUCAUGCAGUGUUUACUUGUCAAGCAUCUAACAACAACAUUAGUCAACCUGUGUCUGCGUUGGUUGCAAUUGAAAUGCAUUUGAAGCCAUUAUCUGUAACAAUAUUAAGUAGUGAGCAUGCACCCCUUAGUGCCGGGCGAAAAUAUGACAUAAAUUGUAUGACUGUUGGAUCAAGGCCACCAGCUAAGUUAUCUUGGUACAUGGAUGGAAGAAAACUGAAUAAUUACACGGAGAAGGUAUCUGAAGAUGGUAAUAUGACGAGUUCGACGUUAAUACUGAAACCAACAUUACUUGAUCAUGAUAAAGUGGUCAUCUGCCGAGCAGAAAAUUUCAAAGUUCAACGAGUUGUUCCAAUUUUACAUCUGGAGUUAGGAUCGAAUAUGAAUCCAGACGAUAUUGAGGAAGGUGAUGACGUAUAUUUUGAAUGCAAAGUUCAUGCUAAUCCUGGCGCUUACAAAGUUAUAUGGAAGCAUAAUGGAAAUAUUAUUCAGAACAAUGCAAAAAACGGUGUAAUUGUGCAACAAUAUGGCUUGGCUUUGAGGGAGGUUAAUCGUUCUCAAGCAGGCAAUUACACUUGUAUUGCCAGCAACGUCGAAGGAGAUGGCUAUAGCAAUACUGUCGAGCUCAAAAUUAUGUCCCGUCACGAGGAUGCUCGAAUAGUUUGCAGCGUCGAGGCAUACCCAUCUCCGGAUAGUUUCCGUUGGACAUUUAACAAUACAGAAGAAAUGGUUGAUGUACCUCAGGCGCGGUACAAGAACUCUACACGCCACAGUCAAAGUAUUCUUAUUUAUCGGCCAAUUACUGAAAUGGACUACGGCACGGUGUUCUGUUGGGCAAGUAAUACCGCUGGUCAACAAAAGAACGCCUGCAUAUUUCAUAUCAUUCCAGCAGGGAUAUUGCAAGCGAAUAUUACGUCCAAGGAGAAUGCUGCUUUCACUGUUUAUGGUUUAGGAUCUGGCAGAAUUCUCAACAUGGUCUUAUACGCCGUAAACGCGAAAGGAAGAAGCGAGCCGACUUUGUUAGAAGGAUUUACAUUAAAGAUCGCUGAGAAGCAAACUGGUAUACCAGUGCCAUUCGAAAUUACUCCAUUAUUGGGAAGCCUGAUCGGAGUAGUAUUCGCAUUGCUUUUCGUUACUAUUACCAUUCUAGUGGCUAUGAAAAUUAGAAACGAACGGAGAGCUCAAAGACCGAGUGAUCUACCACUGAAGAAGAGCACCGCACCGAGUUCCGAGGAUUUGUACGAUACCGACGACAGGAAUCCGGAUGUCGUACCAAUAAAUAAAGGUUCAGAUUACCAAUUGACGGGAUCAAUAUCCGGCACUCCUAUGGCCACACAGAAUACACCAGAUGGACUUCCAUCAACUUCGCUUUCUAUACAACAGGUGACUCACCUACAAGGAUUGUCACCAUAUUCGCACGAAUAUAAUAAUUAUCCAGCAUUAUCGUUGUCAGACGAAGUAACGUACGCUGAACUAUGUCUGACGCGUCCAUCAACAUUAUCAACGUUAGUAAAUGACACGAAAUUGAUUGGUGGAAGUGGAAUUGGCAAUUUAAGUACACUCGAAGGUUAUAGUAGUGAGGUGAUCGUAGGUGGUAAGCCAUGCACGAGGGAAGCUACGAUUUAUGCUUGCAUAGAUCACAAUGCAAGGCCGUUGAAGAUCGAUCCUCCAUCUACUUCGCCGUUCACAUUGGCAACCCUGUCGACAAGAAGUACAUUCCAGGACUGUAAUGUUUCGACGAUGAAUAGCAAACACCCGACAAGAGAAAUUGUUACGGUGCGUACACCGUUAAUAUCAACCCAGGAGAGUUGUGUAUAGGGAUGCGAUCCUGACGCGCUAAAUAUCAACGAAUAUUACGUUUGAUUCGACGUGCGCGUCUAGUUAUUAAAUGUGGUUCUUCAACCAUUUGUGCUAUAAUGAAACGUACAUAUAUGCUAUUUGAUAUGCGACAAAUGUGUAAAGUAGUUAACGAAAUUAAUGUCAGGUGGACUGAUCAAUCAUUAAUUGUCAAAUAUUAAUACGGUAGCGAAAGAAUACAAAGGAACGACGAGUCCUCUUAAUAUAUUAAUAAUAAAAGCGUGAUAUUAAUGUUAAUCUACAAAUUGUUCAAGGAUAUUGAUAAGUUAAAGUUAAAUUUGGUCGAUAAGACUGAUUUGAAUGUUACGUAAUCUUUCAUCUACCGAGUGCCCAUUAUCGCAAGCAACUAAAUUGUUUCCCUUGUGAACUAUGAGAAUGAAAAAGUAUUUGUGGCUGCAUGAUUUAAGGACGAAUUUUUAAUACCAGAUGGAACAGAUGCAAUCAAGCUCAUUGAAACCAUAAUCAAUUAACCAAAAUAUAAAAAAUCAAAAUUAUAUCAAUUCUCAACUUUUGAGUGAAAUUAAUAUAUGUUACAUCUUUCUCGUUAUAAAUACCAAUUGCCAUUUUUCCAUCCAAGGUCCAUAUUUGUCGAAUAACUAUGGCGUUGCGUGUAAUACAUCAAACUUGCACUUGAAAAUGAAGUUUCAUAAGUAAUCUUUAUCCGAGAUAUCUUGAUUUACUAUUCAUCAUUAUCUGAUGAUGGAAACUCACAGUAUUGUACAAAAGAAUGUUAAUAACAUCAGAAUUAUUAUUCAGACAAUCUAAAAUCCUAAAAUGAAUACUAUGCAAAAAUACCUCGAAUCAUGCAACCUUCCAAUCAUUUUUUUACAUCUUUAAUAACAAUAAAAAACUUAAGUGUUCAUGAGUUGGACAUUACUGUGUAUAUAUCUUCAUAUUACUUAAUUUGUUAUACCAGUAUAACUAUUAAGACAGAAUUUCAGAAAAACGUUUAACAAUUUAAUAUAUGUAAUAUUGGUUUAUUUUAAUAGGAUUUAAUGAAUUUUCAGCGGAACUGAAAAAUUCAAUAAAACUGAUUAAUCAAAACUGGGAUCAUAAAAUGAUUUGAUAUUUAAACAUGUUAUAAGUAUUAUUUUUAAUGUUCACGCAUAUGUGUACCGUUUAAUAUAAAUAGCAUUAACAAAUUUUUAUUUUAACUCGAAUUUGAUGUGGCAACACUAACAUGUUCAUGAAAAAUGUGUAUUAUAAAAAGAGCGUAAAAGUAUAUGGUAAAAGUUGGAGUGUGGCCAGAAUAUAUGAAUUGUUUUGUACUGAUUUAUUCGCGUUUAUAAUUAAUAUCUAUGUAUAUAUAUUAUAUAUAUAUAUAGUAUAAUUUUUAAAUUUUUAAAUAUAUAUAGUAUAAUUUUUAAAUUUUUCUCAUACCUCAUACUUUUACAAACACAUUUAUAAACGAACAAUGCUU